AUGAUUUUAUUAUAUCAAGUGGUACAUUUCAUUUUAUUUGCCUCAGUUUCUGGUGACUGUGUAACUGAGCUGUUGACCGACACCUACUUCCAAGGAGGAGACAUCACUACCGUUUUCACGCCAAGUGCCAGGCACUGCCAGGUCAUCUGCACCUACCACCCACGCUGUUUGCUCUUCACCUUCAUGGCUGAAUCGUCAUCUCAAGAUCCUGCCAAAUGGUUUACUUGUAUCCUGAAAGACAGUGUAACAGAAACACUGCCAAGGGUGAAUAUGACAGGAGCCAUUUCUGGAUAUUCUUUCAAGCAAUGCUCACACCAAAUAAGUGCUUGCAACAAAAAUGUGUAUGUGGGCCUGGACAUGAAGGGCAUGAACUAUAAUGGCUCGGUCGCCAGGAAUGUUCAGGAAUGCCAAGAGAGAUGCACAAAUGAUGUGCACUGUCACUUUUUCACAUACGCAACAAGCCAGUUUCCAAGCGCAGAGCAUCGUAACGUUUGUCUAUUGAAGUACACCCAAAUGGGGACACCAACCAGAAUAACGAAGCUCAGUUCAGUGGUGUCUGGAUUUUCAUUGAAAUCCUGUGCGCUUUCUAAUCUGGCUUGUAUUAGGGAUGUUUUCCGUAGUACAGUGUUUGCAGACAGUAACAUCGACAGGGUCGUGGCCCCAGAUGCCUUUGUCUGUCGCAGCAUUUGUACUCACCAUCCCAGUUGUUUGUUUUUUACCUUCUUUUCUCAAGAAUGGCCAAAGGAAUCUGAAAGAAACCUUUGUCUCCUGAAAACAUCUGAAAGUGGAUUACCAAGUACACGCAUUAAGAAGAACAAAGCUCUUUCUGGUUUUAGUCUGCAAAACUGCAGGCACAGCGUCCCAGUGUUCUGUCACUCCUCAUUUUACCAUGACACUGAUUUCUUGGGAGAAGAAUUGGACAUUGUUGAUGUGAAAGGGCAUGAAGCCUGCCAGAAAAUGUGUACCGAUACCAUCCGCUGCCAAUUUUUUACCUAUUCCCCAUCUCCAGAAUCUUGCAACGGAGGGAAGGGUAAAUGUUACUUAAAACUUUCUUCAAAUGGAUCGCCAACUAAAAUACUUCAUGGGAGAGGUGGUAUUUCUGGAUAUACAUUAAGGUUAUGUAAAAUGGAUAACGAGUGUACAACCAAAAUCAAGCCCAGAAUUGUUGGAGGAACAGCAUCUGUUCCUGGUGAGUGGCCGUGGCAGAUAACUUUGCAUAUCACGUCACCCACCCAGAGACACCUAUGUGGAGGCUCCAUCAUUGGAAACCAGUGGAUACUAACAGCUGCUCACUGUUUCGACGAGGUAGAGUCACCUAAAAUCUUGCGUGUCUAUAGUGGUAUUUUAAACCAAUCAGAAGUUAAAAAGGACACAUCUUUCUUUGGGGUUCAAGAAAUAAUAAUUCAUGAUCAAUAUGAAGUGGCAGAAAGUGGGUAUGAUAUUGCCUUGUUGAAACUGGAAACUGCAAUAAAUUACACAGAUGCUCAGAGACCCAUAUGUCUACCUUCCAAAGGAGAUAGAAAUGUAAUAUAUACUGAUUGCUGGGUGACUGGAUGGGGGUACAGAAAGUUAAGAGGCAAAAUACAAAAUACUCUCCAGAAAGCUAACAUACCCUUGGUGACAACUGAAGAAUGCCAGAUAAGAUACAGAAGGCAUAAAAUAACCAAUAAGAUGAUCUGUGCAGGCUAUAAAGAAGGAGGGAAGGAUGCUUGUAAGGGAGACUCAGGGGGCCCCCUGUCCUGUAAACACAACGAAGUCUGGCAUUUGGUGGGCAUCACCAGCUGGGGAGAAGGCUGCGGUCAGAGGGAACGGCCAGGGGUUUACACCAACGUGGUUAAGUAUGUGGACUGGAUUUUGGAGAAAACUCAAGCAGUGUGAAAGAGUCCCCAGAUGCUAUUUGACACCCUGGAAAGCAAAUCAGAUUAUUUCUGGGAGGAGGGUUUUGAUUGCACUGAAGACAGACGCUGGGCUGCCAUUUUGCUCCACAAGUUAUGAUACUGAGACAGCAACGCAUUGAAGGGGGUUGGUAUUUGUGAGAAUGUGCCAAAAGAAACAAAUGGUCAUUUUCAAAAUUUCCAUUCUAUGAUAAUCUUAGUUUGUUUUCAGCAUAGAGUCUCUUGCUUUUUGAUCACACGUUACUGAGCCAAAGAAAUACUCUACGGUGAUAUUUUUUAAGAUUCAGGUAUUGAUAUUUUUUAAGAUUCAAGAAUCAAAUUGUGGCACCAGAGGCUCCGGUAGAACUACCAAAAGCAACUACCAUAAAAAGAUUCAUGAAGUGAGAAAUGGGAGCUGGAGAAAAUGGAGACAAGGACAGUCACCCUCCAUUUACAAGAAUCUGUAUUCUGCCUACAUGAACAUCUUUCUUUUGUGAAAGAAGAACUGGACUAGAUUCAAUGGCCGGUUUUCAGAAUAAUCAGGAAUUUUUGUGAUUUCAACUUUUUUUAAG